GUGUUUCCAUAAUUGUGAAAGGAAGCGAGGAUCACGGUCGCUGAUGAUGUUCUCGGGGAGACCGUGAUGGUGUGCGACAUGGUCGAAGAAGAGAAUAACGAUGUCCUUGGCGUUGUGCGAUGUGGUGCAAGGGAUGAAGUGGGCGCGUUUAGUCAGGCGGCAAACAAUGACAUGGAUGCACUCAUGUCCGCGGUCGGACUUGGGGAGACCACAGGCGAAGUCCAUGGAAAUGGACUGCCACCGAUAGCAAGAUCCUUCUUCAAGGAUCUAUUUACCUCGCGAUGCGCACAAAGGGAGAAAGACAUCAGAGAGAAAGAAAUUGAAGAAUUCCUCAAACCCCUUGAGAAGACCCUGAUGGGCCAGCAAAAAAUGGAUUUGGACCGCCCCCUGUCCAAGGAGGAAUUCUGGACGGCGAUGAUGCAAAUGGAGGAGGAGAAGACGCCGGGUAUUGAUGGGUUCCCUAAAGAGUUCUGGGAGACCUUCUGGACCCACAUGGCCUCGGAUCUGAUGAACUUCUAUAAUCAGGUGUGGGAGACGGGGCAGAUGGGCGAGCUGGUCGGACAGGGUGUUCUCACCCUACUGUACAAGAAGGGGGACAAGAUGGAUAUCAGGAACUAUAGACCAAUAACGUUGCUGACAGUGGUAUACAAAAUGUUAGCAAAAGCCCUGGCAAACCGCCUGAUCCCAUUCCUGGAAGACAUCAUUCACCCAACACAGAUUGGAUUCGUAAAGGGGCGUAGGAUUCACGACAAUAUCCUAUUAGUCAACGAACUCCUCAAACUCACAAGACAAGACAAACAAAACGCAGCCGUGGUCUUCAUCGAUUUCGAGAAAGCCUAUGAUCAUGUUGAUUGGCAAUUUUUGGACCGAUGCAUGGAAAAAAUGAACAUCGGUCCUGUUUUUCGGCGCUGGACCGAAAUUUUGCAUCACAACGCCACCACGUGCGUCCAAGUCAACGGCAGGGUGGCGCCGGCCUUCCCGCUUCAGCGGUCAGUCAGACAAGGAGAUCCUCUGGCACCCUUCCUUUUUAUAAUUGUGAUGGGGGCACUGGCAGCGAAUCUUCGUGCCAAUAAAGACCUGCGGAAGCUGCAGAUCUCGGCCAUCCCUGAGGACGCCAUCCCUAUCUGCUCAUUGUUCGCAGACGACUUGACAAUCAUGGUAGAUGCCACAACGGCUAACAUGGACGAGAUUAGAAGACUCUUCAACCGCUUUACAACGAUCUCGGACAUGACUGUGAACUGGGGAAAUAAAACCUUGGGCUGGUGGAUUCAUCAUCAAGGCGUACGCCCCCCGGAGCUUCCACGAGUCAAGUGGCUCCCCGAAGAGGCCCCGGUUAGAGUGUUGGGAAUCAUGCUAACGGCACUAGGCAGACCGGCUUCGAAUGAUGAGUGGAUACUGAAACCCGCUUUGGAAAAAUUGGCUCAUUGGAAGAACCAACACACCUCCUUAUUCGGCAGGGUGCUGGCCAUCAACAGCGUGGUGCUGGCAGCCCUUUGGUAUAAAUCAGCAAUCUUGGCUCUCAGCAAGGAAGCCAUCCGAUCUCUGAAGCGUCAGGUAACGGCACUGCUGUGGCGAGGUGAUGACGCAACACCUGAGGUAGAUGCUAUUGAAGUGGACCCUCCAGCAUUUUCUGGGCUUACUGGCGAGGAGGACAUGAUCAUCUACGGAAGGAAAUUUGGAUCUCAACCAAAUGAUGUACGUGUGUCGUUCAUGCCGACUUCAUCAGACGGAUAUGGGAAAGACUGCAUUGUUACCUUGCUGGAGCAACAAAGCAUGAUACGGUGCCGCAUACCAAUCUUAACUGCUGGCAGAUACCUUGUGAAUAUAGAAUUGAAAAGCAAAGGUUACGCGAGGGGGGGUAGCCCGUUUCCCAUAGUGCAAAACUUUACAACGGGGAUCUACUCAACAACUCCAAGGGCAGGGUCCGUGUAUGGGGGGACCCAUGUGACUAUCUUCGGCCAUGGAUUCUCAACAACUGCGGGCAGGAACCGGGUCUGGUUUGCAGACAUGAUGGAGGCACAGGUGCUUGCUGCAAGUGAAGAACAACUGGUUGUGGUUUCACCUGCAUCCAAUGUUUCAGGGGUCUAUUCCAUCUGGGUGGAGGUGUGGUUUGAAGAUAGAUCUGUUAUGUACGUAGCAAGCACAUCAGGAGGCAGUAAGGCAUGGAAAUCAGACCCAACAUGGCGUUUGUCUUCUGGCGACUGGAAUCUCCGACCUAAACCAGAAUUUCCGCAACCAGCUGUGGUUCCUGGCAUCAACUCGUUCACAUUUGACUGGUCUCUCACGCCCUUCAUCGAGCAAAUUGAUCCUGAGGUAGUCGAGCCAUGGACGGCUGCAACCAUUUCUGUGCAGGGCGGCAACUUUUUGCCGAUGCCCGGCGUACAGCCUGCCUCUGUGGAAGUUUAUAUUGGGGGUGAGAAGUGUAUACUGCAGCAAAAACUUAAACAAGUUGUUAAAACAGCUUCUUCAGGUUCACCAGAAGCUGCUCCAGAAAACCAACAGGUCGGGAGUGAAAAUACCCCACCAUCACCACCGCAUGCGGGAAAUCCUCCACCGCCCAAUGUGGAUUACAUGGGGGAAGACGAUGACAUGGACGAGCCUGAAGUCGACUCUCAAUUCCUAGAAUAUGCAGUUGAUAACCGAUCACUAGCCUGUGAUCUCCCAGGGAUGAUGGCUGGCAUCCAUCCAGUAGUUGUUCAUAUUCCUCGUAUCGGCAGGAGUGUUGGGCCGCGAAUCCUGGGAUCACCAUACAAGUCCAUGAUGUAUCCUAGCAGAUCUGAACUUUACAGGUCUCUGAUUGCAUCAACCGAGGUUGCAGUCCUGGAUGUGCCUUUCAUAUUCAACAGCGUUACUCCAAGGUCAGGAGGCAUGGGAGGAGGGACUACUGUCAUCUUUUCAGGGCUUGGGUUCAGUGAUAAGGUUUCUGACAAUGAAAUCACAAUAGGGAGAGACAUAUGCAAAGUAAUUGAAGCAAGUUCGGUGGAAGUCACAUGCUUAACUACGAGGGCAAGGAGCUCCCCAGGCCCAGCAAAUAUUACUGUACGAAUUGGGAGAAACUUCAUGGCUGGUGCUGAAACGUUUGGCUCUUUUGAGUUCUCAGUAGCAUCCACACCAAUGGUGUACGACGUGUCACCCAAACGGGGUACAACAGCUGGAAACAGUCUGUUGCAUAUCACUGGGAAAGGAUUUGGGACGGACAUUGAGCUUGUGACCGCCUUUGUUGGAGAAGCACCCUGCAGGGUAGUACCUCCUCUGCAAGACAACACUCUGUUCUGCCGUACGGGAAGGAGCAAGGGAACAAACUUGAACGCAAGUGUUUGGGUUAAUGUGCAAGGAAAGGGAUACUCUGUAAGCAACUGGAAUGACACAGGAGCUUUGAAAGAUGAAAUGGACUGGACAAACUUAAACUCCUCCAAGGCAGUUGUGUUUCAGUAUGUGGACUUGUGGAGCAGCCGGACAACGUGGGAUGAUGGCCUGCUUCCUGUGGAUGGGGACUCCAUUUAUGUCCCAGCUAACAACACAUUGUUCCUGGACAUGCAUACACCCCAGCUGGAACUUAUCCUUAUCGAGGGGCAUCUGGUAUUUGAUGACACAACUGAUGUGUCACUGAACGCAAAAUGGAUUGUGAUCCGGUUUGGCAGUUUGACGGUGGGGACGGCUGAGAAGCCUUUCAGACACAAAGCCAAAAUCACAUUAAAAUGCGACAGGGAUUGUGAGGAAGUGCCUAUUUAUGGCUCAAAAGUCCUUGCUGUCCGCUUUGGCAGGCUUAUCAUGCAUGGCCUGCCUAAGGUGCCAGCCUGGACACGGUUGAAUCGAACAGUUGUGGGAGGUGAUUCACGUCUCAGCCUUGUUGAUUCAGUUAAUUGGGAGGUGGGUGAUGAGAUUGUCAUUGCACCAUCUAACUUUGACCCUGCGGAGAUCGACACGGCUCGUAUUGCGGGAGUUUUUGGGAAUGGCACACAGCUUGUGCUUGACCGGCCACUGAAGUUUCCGCACGUUGGGGAGAUCCUGACGUACGGGGGGCAGCUCUUUGACUUCCGGGCUGAGGUGGCAGUUUUGACAAGAAAUGUUGUAAUUGAGGGGAGCGCUGACAGUGAAGAUCUACAGUUCGGUGCUACUGUCAUGAUGCACAGCGUUGGUGACGAUAGUGUUGUUGCGGCUUUGUCGAACGUGGAGGUUCGCCAGGCAGGGCAAGCAUUUCGUUUGGGGCGCUACCCCAUUCAUUUCCACAUGAUCGGUGAUGUGCCCAGUUCCUAUGUUCGGAAUUGUACCGUCCAUCACACGUACAAUCGAGGCAUUGCUAUUCAUGGAGUGAACAGGCUUUCUGUGACGAAUAAUGUUGCUUUCCACACAAUGGGCCACACAUUCUUUGUAGAGGAUGGAGCUGAAAGGUUAAACAUGCUCGAGGGGAACCUGGGUUUGAACACGCGGCCAUCAUCAAGUCUGCUGAACACAGAUCAAACUCCAGCAACUUUUUGGGUCACUAAUCCGGAAAACUACUUCCGGAACAAUGUUGCUGCAGGAUCCAGCUCAUAUGGGUUUUGGUUCAAACUUGAUAGAUCUCCUUCUGGGCCCUCUGAGGGGCUAGCUGGUACCAUCUGUCCCGAUUUGAGCCCUCUGAUGCAGUUUGAAAACAACACAGCUCACAGCAACAACGUUUAUGGACUGCGCAUACAUCCAGGCUACACUCCGUUCUCUGGGCUAUGUUAUGCUCGAUCUUCAGCGAUUGCAACAUUCCGACGGCUGAGAGCUUACCGAUGUGGCAGCAAGUGUGCGAUUGCUGGAGAUGUUCAGCGAGUUCAAUUUGCAAACUUUCAAGUUGCAGACUGCGGUGGAGCACCAUCACGACCAGUAGUGGCAGGAAAAGACCGCUCUUCUGGAAUUGAGUUUACACCAUUUCCUAGCGGGUACGCCGCACCCGCCCUUGCGUCGUUCCUAUCCUCGGCCCUGCCCUUGCGAGCCUCCUUUUCUGCAGAUAAUUCCUCCUUCCCGCGGCUUAUGGUAUCCCCAUCUCCGGAUCCCGAUUCUCGUCCUCGUACGGCCAGCCAUAUUGAAUGGGCUCUGGACAGGGGCUAUAUCUAUGAUGCUAUGGAGGGCCAGUUUGUGCCAAGCCAGUCUAGGCUGGGGGAACAAUCGAAGGCCGCGAGGCACUUCUGCCAGUUGAAGAAGUGCCGUGUUGCGCAGUUCGACGUGCUCGUUGACAUUUGGAAUGGCACGGACUACAGAUUCGAUGACCGACAUCACGCAUCCAUCCGCGCAUACAUGGAGGAGCAUGGCAUCAGAGACUCCCGAGCAGUUGUUGGAGGUCGUACAGGAGCGGAUCCUUGCACUGCAAGCAGGGACGACGUGCAGGACGUGCUUGACGAGAUGGAGGAGCAGGAGGGGGUGGAGUUGCCAGGGGAGGAGGUCGUGAUGACGUCGCGUGGGGAAGACCCUGAUAUGCGAAAGGGGAAGAGGGUGAGGGGGAGACCGACCGGGCAGCGACUCGACUGGGGAAGAGGGUCCGCCAGUCCAAGAUCGACGAGGAGGCAAUCGUGGAGGGAGGUCCGGAAGGCGGCGGAUGAGUUGCCUAGAGGAGUGCGGAUGCGAUUUCCUUCCUUUAAGGAAAUCGGUGGAGAUGGAGUGCCCGAGCAGAGGGCGAAGGUGGUGUCUUUAUUACGGGAGGUCCAAGAGUCGUUCAGUCACAGCGGCGCCACCAUCUUGUCAGAUGGUCGGAAAUCGCGUGAUUCUCGACCCAUCGUGAACUUCCUUGCUGCAGGUGCCAAUGGCGCCCUACUCUACGCCACCAUUUGCCGCGAUGGUUCUAUACAGAAGACGGGCGCCAUUGUCUUCCGCAGGUGGAAGGCCAUCAUUGAGUCCUUCCCUGCGAAGGACGUCAUAGCUUUCUGUACAGACUCCGCUAAUAACUACACAGCGGCCUCCCGUUUGCUCGCCGCAGACCCCGAUCCAGUGGUCCGGCGCAUCACCUGGCUCCCCUGCUCGACCCAUGUCUGCAACUUGAUGUUGUCAGACAUUGGGACACGAGUGGGGUGGGCAGUUGACACCAUUAUCCGUGGACGAGCGAUGGUGCGCUUUAUGAAAUCGCAUGGCGCAGCUCUCGCCCUUUUCAAGAAGAAGAGCCCGCGCGUUUCGCUUGUGCAGCCAGUUGAGACUCGCUUCGCAUCAGUUUUCAUGAUGUUAACUUGUCUCCUCGGGAGACACGACUCGCUGGAGGCGAUGUUGCAUGACGACGCGUGGGCGAGUAUCCCGUGGGAGCGGAGACUGCUGCCCCAGGCGAGAUGGGUGCGUCUCCAGAUUCGAGAUGGCGAGUUCUGGCGCUAUGUCGAGUUCUUGAUUCUUGUGAUGGAGCCCAUCCAUCAGCUGCUGAGGCGGAUGGACAAAGGAGGGAUGAUGAUGUCCAUCGUCUACGAGUGGAGUCGUCAUCUCGUUCAGCUUCUGACGAAGCUGGACGUUGUGUCGGCCGAUCUUCUGACCCCGUGCGUACGAGAGGUCAGGAUGCGGCUCAUGCACUUGUUGGAGCCCGGGCACGCUGCCGCUCAUUUCCUAAACCCCCGUCGUCGGUCUUUGAGGUACUACGCAUCCCUCCACACCACGACGGAGGAUGCGGAGGUUGUGCAGGAGUGUGAUCGUUUUCUCCUUGCGCAGACUGGAGGUGAUCCCACCAGCAGGGAUUACCUCGUUGUUCGUGACCAGAUGCGCCGAUUCCAUGAGCGCAGUGGAGACUGGGGUGACAGGCUGGUGUCGGAUGCCGAGGCGAAGGGUUGCCAUGGGGAUCAGGAGACGCACCGUUGCGCGGCGUGGUGGUUUGCCCACGGCACUGCCCACCCUGAGUUACGUGCUAUCGCUAUCCGUGUGAUGCACAUGUGGACGUCAGCCUCUCCCGCGGAGAGGAAUUGGGCGGCCCACGAGCGCAUUCAGACGGCAAAGCGGAGCAACCUUGGCUUUGCCAAGCUGGCACAGCUGGUUGAGAUCACGACAAAUCUCAAACUGGCUUCAUGCAGGCAGCAGGGUGGCGGCUAUGUGCUUUCGUGGGUCAUGGAGGGUGUCGACACCGAGAGACGGCUGCCGGACGAGGACGAGGACGGUGACCCCAAGCCUGACGUGUGGGGGGCCAGAUCUGUUGGUACAUUCACCGACCGGGAGAUCACGAGGCAAAUCGAUGUUUUUCGCAAGGACGGCACAAGCCAUCCUCGAGAGGUUUUUGCCGUAUUCGGGGAUCAGGCGGCCACUCUGCUCCCUUUCGACCAUGUGCCUCCUCCCCCAUCCCGGGGAGCAGGAGAGGGUUCUGCGGCAGCCGCUGAGGACGGAGAGGAUGAUUGGACGGACGCAGAGGAUGUGGCGGGGGGCACAGACAGGACGGCGGAGCAGGUGUACUUCACGUACGGGGGCGGGUCGGACAAGCAUGCACCGCGGACGUCCGUCAUCAUGGACGAUGUCGCCGGCGGGGCACAGGGUAGCGCCACUCGACACCCUCCAGCGGGUCGAGGUCGCGGCGCCGUUGCUCGCGACGUUCACCCCCGCGCGAGGAGAGUUCUAGGGGUGAACUCGAGUGACGAGGACGAGGGCGUGGCACCUCACGCUGACCGCCUGCGGGACCCUCGGUUCGAUCCGAGCCACCACUCCAGGGAGCUUUCAGAGCAGCUUCGUCGGUCACACAGGUUGGCAAAGCGUAGCGUUCAGGCGUCCCAGCAGCCUCAGGACAUACCGGUCGCGGAGGGGACACCGUCACACAGCGGCCCCGCUCAGGCUGCGACAUCCUCUCUGCGCACCAGCGAUUUCGAUAUCGCGGGUUCGCAUGGGGGCUCACCUGUCUUACGAUGCAGAGUCCAUGACAGAGCGGAGUAUAGGACGGAUGUGAGGGAGAGGGAGGAGACUAUUGAGGAGAGGGACGCUCGCCUGGAUCGCGAGGAGGAGGCACGGUUGCAGUCCAUGCCCAGAUGGGAGGGCAGAGAGGCGUAUGAGGCCGAGCAGCGGAGGAAGAGGGAGUUAGAGACGAUAGGAGCGGGUCCACCAUCGAGCGUCGGACGUAUGCCGACUUCUGACACGAUGCAGCCCCCCUCUGGGCUCUCUGAUGUUGUGGGUGGUGGUGCUGACACAUGCGGAUUGGACGCUGGAGGCGGGGGGCAGGCAGAUGUGCCAUGCGAGGGUGGUCCUGUCGGGGAUGGCGGGACUCAUGGAGGGGAGGAGGGGAUGGUGGACGAGGGCAGUGUGCCUUUGCCUGAGGAGGAGUUGGUGGACGAGGGGAGUGUUCGUUUGCCUCAGGAGGAGUUGGACGAGGGCGAUUUGGCUUUGCCAGAGGAGGAGUUGGUGGACGAGGGCAGUGUCCCUUUGGAGGGCAGUGUGCCUUUGGAGGGCAGUGUCCCUUUGGAGGGCAGUGUCCCUUUGGAGGGCAGUGUGCCUUUCGUUGAUGGCGCGACUCAGGAUGACGAGGAGGGAGCAGCGGUCGAUGCAGGACACAGUGCCCCGUCCGUGCGAGAUGGCGUGACCGGAGGGCAUGUUGAGGAGGAGGUAGCAGCCAUCGACAUGUCCCUCGCGAUUAUUGUUAGGCCCCCGUCGGUGCGAGAUGUCGAGAGAGGAUGGCAUAUUGACUCGGGCGGGCCGUGCUCUUUCUCUGCAGGUGGGCAGUUCGGGGAAAUGCCUCGGUGGGAUGGCGGGGAACCGGGGGAGUGCACUCCGACCCCAUUCCAUCCGGACCAGCUAGAGAGGUUGGGGACGGAGGACCCUUUCCCGCUCACUGGUGGUCAGCCCUCGCCUCCCCCAUGGGCUCCAGUGAGCCCUAGGUGGACCGGAUCAUCGCAGUCCGACAUCCGCGAGCGGGAGUCUUUGGAGAGCCAGGCGGCAGUGUUUUCAGGCGGGCCUGGCAGCAGCCAUGCACAGCCACUGACGCGCCCUGUAUCUCGAGCAUCGCAGCUGACCACAACACCGGCUGCAGGUCUUCCACCAAUUGGAGGUCGAGGCAGCGGGCGGGGAUCUUCUUCGAGUCAUCGAGGUGGCGUUUUAGGGGGGUGGUCGUCUUGUCGGCGAGUGACGGACAGUCUGAGGAGGGACUACGAUAGAGGAUGGGGGCUGUUCGCACGAGGACCAUCCGGGGAGGGAGAUCCUGCAACGGGUGCGAGUGAGGCUGGACGACCGAGUGUCCACACAGCAGGACGUAUACUCAGAUUGGAUAGAGUCGAGACGAGGAGGACAAAGAGGUUGGAGGUUUAUCCGGCUCGAUCAGCCAUUGACGACAGACAGCAGGGACUGCCGUACACAUCGGGGGAGGAGGACUUGCAUAUGCCACAGGGUUCGAGACGUCAUGGCUCGAUCAGGGAUCUUGAUGCGGAGAUUGUUGCUGACCAGCAGCGGUUGGCGGACCUCAUUCGCGAGCGUGAGAGGAGGUCGGAGACGGAGGCACAGGCUGAGGAGGCGGACACAGAGACUGAGCCCAUUGACACAGCUAUGCGGAGAGAGAGGCAUCAGAGAGUAGCGUCCGCGGCAGGCUCACACCUUGCACCCGUAGGGAGAGAGGGAGCACCACACGUCGGGUUUGUCAUAUAUGCCAACAGGAAGGCUGCAUCAAGUAUUCCACUCAUAGUGAAUUCCCUUAUAGUGGCUGAUUCAGGACUGAAUCUCACGUGGCCAUCCCAAAGGCAGGUUUCCGGGGUGGUCGCACCUCAGUCCCAUGUGAUCUUUCCUCCAUUGGCCGUAAAUGUGACUUUUGUGAAUUUCAAUGGGAGGUUUUAUGCAUUUGAGCCCUGCAGCAAGUGCACAGAGGAAUGGGGUGGAUUCACAAGCUGUGUGGAGGGAAUAAAGUACAUCAACUCCUCGAAUGGUGGAUUCACAAGCUGUGUGGAGGGAAUAAAGUACAUCAACUCCUCGAAUGUGGCCACCUUCACAAAGCCAACCGAUGGCCAGUUCUGUGACUUGGAUGGUUCUCUUACAGGCAUAAAGGGACAAACGAUUGCUCCAGUGAGCUCCAUCUUUUUCAGUGAUGAGUGCACGAUUCCUCCCUUUCCGGCCUACCGAGAAGCAGUCCUCUGCAUGCCUGAUGUGGUCUUCUACCGUCUCAUUGUUGAACAACAAGGAGGCUGGCCAGUGGUGUUCACUACAUGGCGGGGAAAUUUAACACGAAGUAUUGUUGUCCCCUAUAUGACGAAGCUGAAGAUAAAUCUUGCAGUACUCCCUGGGAGCAAGAUUUAUGAUAUGAGCUGGGGUGCCAUCGGCUCCGUUUCCAGUUUUUCUCUGACGUCAGAUAGGGCAUACCCCUCCCCCUCGGCAUACCUCCUGAUUCAGCAGAGAAUGGAUGAAGUGUGGGACCACAUUGACUUGUGUUGCGCCAACUGGCCAACUGUUUUUCGUGGCAUUCGUCCUCUAAACGACACUUCUGGCACCAGCCAUUACAACAAGACAUUGACAUCAACACCCCCACCAGGAAAUCAGACAACCUUCACUAUUCUCUUUAGGCAGAACAUCGGACGGGUCACAAUCAUCCCUCAAGUGUGCCCAAAUUCCGGAUGUUUUGUUCCCGGUUUGUCGGACGGAAAGACAGAUGGUUCACCACAAAUGCGUGCAUGGUCAGAUCCGGCAACCUGGAGGUAUUAUCAUAACCUCACGUGGACAAACGGAGUAGUGCCAGUUGAAGGAUCAUCCGUGCGGAUUCCACAAGGAUGGAAUGUGACGCUUGAUAUCUCACCACCGCCUCUCAAGAACAUAACAAUAGCUGGAACACUGGUUUUUGCUGACACUGAUAUUACACUGACCGUGGAAUCCAUUCUCAUCCUACAAAGCGGGAGGCUGGAAGUGGGCAAUAAAGAAGAACCGUUCACGCAAAAAGCCAUCAUAAAGUUCACUGCUAGUCGCAGAGGAACCAGUUUUGCAUUCACAAAUGACCUCAAUUUCGGGCGCAAUUUCAUAGCUGUCUUGGGACAACUUUCUCUGUAUGGAAUGCCACGCACAAGAAGAUGGGUGAGACUCGAACGUCAUAGCAGGAAUUUUCUUCAAGUUGAUGGUGAUAUUUCUACAUGGCUACCAGGCGACGAUAUUAUUGUAACACCUUCAAGAUGGAAUCCGGAGGAAGCAGAAGUCUCAAGAAUAUCGUCAAUUUCUGGGAGAAAUAUCACUCUUGAAUCAAAAUUUCCGGUUGUGUAUAAUCAUUCAUCACAGUCUGCAUUGUUUCCUAAUGGACAAGUCAUCAAAGCAGGUGCAGAGGUCGGAGUCCUGUCAAGCAAUGUGGUGAUAAUGACCGAUGAUACACCCCAAGGUUCCACUCCCCAGCGUUUUGGACCCAAGAUUCAUGUUGUCCGACUGUCUAAGGAUGAUCGACCAUCAGUAGAGAUAUCAGAUGUCCUGUUCAAGAACAGCGGUCAAGCUGGUAUAGGUGGCCCUACGAUUAGCGGCAAUGUUAUCAGAUUUGACCGUCUUGGUAAUGUUGGGUACCAAUCUUUUGUGCGACGUUGCAGCUUCUGGAACUCCCAGAGCAGUGCUGUUGUUAUCAGCGGCUCAAACGGAGUUGUGGUCGAAGGGAAUGUGGCGUAUUGGACCUACGACAGCUCGAACUUUGUCCUUGACAGUGGCACAGAGAAUAUGUUUCAAGACAAUCUCGGGGUUGUUGCCCACUUGGAGCUUGGAAUUGGGAGCACCACUCCUGGUCUAAACCCAGAACUACUGAAGAAUAGGGCAAGCAUACCUUCAAAUUUUGUGAUAAGGGACCCAACCAACAUAGUGAUGGGCAAUGUUGCCGCCGGUUCGUAUCGGGUUGGAUUCCUUUUGAGUCCGGAAUCGUGCAGUGUCCCGUAUGCAAGAGCACUCAUAAGAGAUAAUGUUGCCCACAGCAAUCUUGUUGGAGUUCACUUUGCGGCUUCGAGCCUGGAAUGUGUUGUCGUGCGGAGUUUCCUUAUCUACCGGAUAGAGCCACGACACGAGGAGCUGCCCAAGUGGCCAAUCGGCAUGCCUUUUUCAGGGCUUUCCGAUAAUGACAGCAGCAGUGAGGAGUGCUACACUCCUGCGGCUCCUCUGCCCACGCAGCAGUUGUCAACGCCGCCAUCACGAGACCUUGUGGGUGAUGCACACAACACGCCAGGCGAGUUCAGCUCACUUUUAUCUGAUGAACCUGCGCCUGUCGGGAGAGCAUACAAUGUCUGUGGAACUCCCCUUCUUGCCCGUGAUGGAGUUCAACUUGCACUAAGUAAUCCAGUUGCAUCAGGUGUGAAGCACAUCGAUUUGGAGCAGCCACCCAUCGAUAUGGAGGAGCCGCAGAGUGGACAGCAGGAGCCCGUUCCCAGCGACGAAGAAGACGAUUCACAGAAAUGUGCAACCUCAGAUGGGAAGGGUUCAGGUGGGAAGCGAUGUCGGGGAGCGUCCUGGCAUCCCAACCAAAUCACCGCGCUUGUGGAGGCAACACGCAAGGAGGCUGCUGUGAUUGCAGCUGGCGGACAUGACUUCAAUUCUCCGAAGUUGAUGUGGCAGCCUAUUGCCGAUGCAAUCAAACAAGCAACCGGGAGAGAAGUCAAUAAAUGGGAUUCGUGCAGGAAGAAGUGGCGUCAGUUGACAGGCAGAAUGCUGCCUAUCUAUGCCAUGCUCCAGAGCUGGGACUACGGUAUUCUGGCAUACAAAGACGUAAAUGACGCCACAGUUGACAGUGUCAUCGUGACAGACUGCAAGCGAGGCAUUCUUUUAAAUCGAGUCGCAUCUGAGAUGCUCUCGCGGUCCACGGUCAAUAUCAGCAACAGUAUAGUGAUCGGAUCCACAAGUGCUAGCUCUUGCUCUGAUCCGGAGAACCCAUUCAGGAUGCCAGGUUCUCUGAGCCCAAGUGCUGAUGUCUAUGGCAUUAUGAGCUCAACAUUUGCGCUCAGAACGGCAAAAGGUCCUCCUUUUGCAUGGGAUGCGAUCCAUGGGUACCCCACAAUGGGACGUGUGUUCAUCACAAAUGUGGUGUUCGCAAAUUUUGCUGGGAGGAGAAAUCCCUGCCAAAUUCUACAUGCAGCCUUCGCAACAUCUCCAGUGUCUCCAGAUUAUACGCCUUAUCAUGAAUGGAGGAACAUAACCUUUUACAAUGUUGCAAACAGCAGCCGAGUGCUCCUGAAUCCUCCUGAUCCCGGAUGGAGGACCGUCGACGACUGUGGAAACAUGCACUGCGACGGCCUUCUGCAGAUCCUAAUGCGCGACAUGGACGGCUCGCUGACAGGAACCAGAGGGGGGUUAGUACUAGGAAGUGACACUGUGCCGCGAACUCUACCGGAGAAGCAAGGUGUAUUCGUAAACAGAACAGUGUGUACUUAUUCACCUGAUUGGUUCGCAUACAUAUGUCAGCCACAGCCAUACACACCGAUUGCAAUUGAGAGCAGAGAUGCAGAUACAGAAGAUAGACGCUUCGCACCAGUGAGGCUGGCGACAGGUGGAUUGGUGAAUGUGCUCAAUGGGCCAAUGGAUCAUGGUUGGUGCCAGAGCUACACUUGUUUGAAACGUGUUUCCACGUUCUUUACCUCGGUUAUUGCUGGAGGGGUGCACAUGCUGAAUGUGACAGCUCUGGAACAGGAUCUGGUGAAGGAAAAAACAGUGCUGGACGACAAGCAAAGAUUACAGACGAUCCCCAGGGGCCUGUUGGCCCUUUCUGUCUUGAUGGGGCCGCUGUUUCGGCUGGUGUUCCCACUAGGGUUCGGACGUGUAUGCACGUCCCGCAUGUUUAUGCGAUCUGGAGUAGUGAAGCCUGGCCCCACACCUUCGGAGCAAGCAGAGAUUGACCGCAGGCUGGCAGAAAAGAAAAAGGAAAAAGAAGCGAAGAAAAAACAGAAAGAAGAAGAAGCCAAGAGGAAGAUGAAAGAGAAAAUGGAUAAAGAACUUGAAGAAGAAUUGAAAAGUAUUCAGGAAGAAGAUGAAGAAGAAGAAGAAGAACAGGAGGAAAGAGGAGCAUUGCAAAGACGCCGUCACUUAGACCUACCCGAGAGUAGCUCUGCAGACCAGCUCCCGGUCGAACCGCUGGAUUGGGCCGAUGAGUACUACUACUCCAGCGAACCAUUAAAGGGAACUGAUGAAGAACGGGAUACGUUCAUCGCAAAGUUGGUCACUGUAACAGACCCUGUUGAACGCAACCUGCUGAUGGCCGAAAAAAGGGCUGAACUGAAUGCCAGGUUGUUAGCUUCCAGACGACAAGAGGUGGAGGAAAAGAAAAGACUACAGGCCAAAGGGGAGAAAUUGCAAAAAGCGCUAGAACAGCAAAAGGAAAACCCCUCUGAAACCGAAGUCCAGCUUGCUCUCCUGAGGGAGACAGUCCUCAACACAAGACAAGAUAUGAACUUAAUGCGUCAGACCCUACAGAGAGUUGAAACGCAUCGUGUUGAUUUCAAAAAUAUCUAUAAUAGCUUCUUGCAAAAGUCAGCCAAAGACAUUGACCAACAUGUGCAAACGUAUAUUAAAGUCUUAGAUGAACAUGUUACUAAGACAUUCACCCCGGAGGUCAUAGAGAAGAUAGUGAAAGGUGUUGGAGGCGGCGGAGGAGAUGGAGAUGAUGACGGGGAUGAUGACAAGAAAGGGAAGAAGAAGAUUGGGGAUCCAAAGGAAAACUUCCUUUGGAAAUCGGGCAGGGUAUUAAUGGCAACUUCAUGCGUGGGAGGCGAUGCCAUGAGCUUCGCCAUCUCGCUGCAAAAGGAGGAGGGAUGCAGCUCCAUGGUAGAGUAUUCGCAGCAAACGCGAAUUGAAGAUUUCCUUAAGUUAAUCAGAGAAAGAUUUGAGGACAAAAACUUAGCAAGACACACUGAGAUGUUGAUCCUCAGCCUUCCUGAUCGGAUAUGGAAAAGUACCUCUGCUUUAAAGGCAACUAUGGAUGAGCUAUUGCAAUGCCCUGAUCAUGGAUUAACGCUGACCCAAAUCUUAAACAGUUUUGCAAGAGCACUCCCGGAUCCCCUACGAACGCAACUCUAUCCCCGCACCAAAGAAGAGGGGAUGACAUAUGAGAAGUUCGGCAAGAUCGCAAUAGAUCACGACGGCUUCCUCGCCGAAGCGAAUUACUGCCAUUAUUGGAAGGAUCUGCAAGCGGGUAAGAGAUGGCAAAACCGCACUAUCUCAGGGUCUAUACCUGGGAAAGAUAGUCUCCUUCUAACCUUUGAAGAAGGAGGCGCCGAGACCAUCUCCUGGGAUCAGGUAGACUAUGGUCUCGAUGAACCCAACAGACCGGUAGCUCAGGAGGGGAGUUACGCGGCUGUUGCAGCCCGCGGGGGAGGGCGUCAAGAAAGAGGGCGUGGCCGAGGAAGAGGUCGCGGCCGUGGUGGACGAGGAUUCGGCACCCAGAGGGGUGGUGGUGAAGGAAGCCACUACGUGGGAGGAAGGGGAAAUGGUCCCUCAUACGGUGGCCGUGGUUCUUACUCCACAUGGGGUAGAGGAAGAGGCUCAUGGUACAACAAGUGGGAUAAGCCAUACCCACCACAUCCAGGCCUACCGGAAGGAGAGCCUUGGAAAGAAUUGAGAAUCACAGAAAAGAAAGUACUUACCACACUGGACGUAGGGGCAGACCACAGCGACAGUAUAAGGAGUGAUGGCUCAGAUGAGGAAUCACAAGGUUGGCAAGGGGAUGGUGAAAAUGAGGACGAAGAGCAAGGACUCGGGGGCGUCAAGCCCAACCUUGAGAGCGAAAGUUGCCCUGGAACCCCUCCAAAAGUUUUCCGGUUUACUACCCCUUACGCAGGACCAGGAGAGGAAGUUCUUCUGCGAAUCAGAUACCUUGAUAGCGACAGGAGGUUCUCAUGGCUUCCGGACCGUGGGCGCCUGCAAGAUCUGAAUACACCACCAGUUCUUGGUCGAAAUCACCCACAUGGAACGUCCUUUUGGGAUGAUGCAAACAGACUGUUCCACCUCAUAAUGCGUGGAGGAGGAAACAACCUCGGCGUGGAAGUUCGCACUGAGCCCUACAUCAAGGUCAAUUGGGCCUUCCUUAAUGCGAGCAUGGCAAAGAUGGGAGUGAAUCCGAACUUUAGGAAAUGGCGCAGGACAACUCGUGUCGGGAUGCAACUGGGACGAUCGAAGGAAGUCCGCGGGAACACGAGGGUGAUAGCCGAGGUCGCAAUAGUAAGGCGACAUCCCCGUGGCUGGCGAGACGGCGUGGUUGUAGGCUAUCUCUGCGUGGGCAAGAUGGAGAUCCCACUGUUGGUCGUCACAAACAAUCUUUCGGAGAAUAUCUCCGAGAGUCUUGUUCGUGAUCUCGGUCUGACCAUCAGUCUGAGGAUGGUAAGACGAGGAAAAGCGGAGCUGAGUGUCGUACACCUCGUGGAGCCGUCGCCAAAAUCGGCUGGUAAAGCGCGAGUCACGGUCAGAUAUGAUGCUGAGAGGUAAGUCGUGGUCACGCACGACUCGGUCAAACACGAUGUCGGCGACCUCACGUGCACUGAUGGCAUAGCGGCACGGAACAAAGCGUGCACGCUUCG